UCGCUUCUUCCCUGCAAGCGAGGAGAGCGAAUGAGCUCGCGUUUUCUUCUAAUGGCGAGAUCAAAGACGAAGCAGAUCUCGUACAUUGCGGUACCUUCGCAUUUCAUCGACCCACUUUCGUCUUCUUCUUUCCAAGGGAUCUUAUCGCCGAAGAAGGUCUCUCGGCCACCGCCGGCGUGCUGCCUAUUCUCCUACGCAAGAAAUUCUAGAACACUAAUCCUUUUUCUACUCUUCAUCAUCUCUCUUCUUGGGUUUCUCCGUACAGACUUCCGCGACAAUCCCUUGCUCUCUUAUUCUACUCUCCCCUGCGUCACUUAUGGCUACCGUGGGUGGUUGAAACCGUCCGAUCAGGCAGAAGCGUCGUCGCUGGCGGCGGCGACGGUUGAGCAGUGGAAGGAGGAGGUACAUGAGGCGGAAUUUUGGAGGCAGCCGGAGGGUUUGGGAUAUCGACCUUGCCUGGAGUUCAGCAGAGAUUACAGGCGGGAGAGUGAGGCUUUUCACCAGGAUCGCCGCCGGAAGUACCUGAUGGUAGUGGUCUCCGGCGGGCUAAACCAACAACGAAACCAGAUCGUUGACGCCGUCGUCAUCGCUCGCAUUCUCGGGGCCGCCCUAGUAGUACCGAUUCUUCAAGUUAACGCAAUCUGGGGCGACGAAAGUGAGUUCUCUGACAUCUUUGACCUGGAUCAUUUCAAGAAAGUGCUCGCCAAUGAUGUCAGGAUUGUCUUCUCUUUGCCUUCGACCCAUUUGAUGACGAGGCCAGCGGAGGAGAAGAUAACUCCCUUCCGUGUCUCUCCUCAAUGGAUUCGAUCAAGGUAUCUUCGGCGGUUCAACAGAGACGGCGUUUUGCUCUUAAGGGGAUUGGAUUCCAGGCUUUCAAAGGAUCUCCCUUCUGAUUUGCAGAAGCUACGCUGCAAGGUCGCUUUUCAAGCUUUGAGAUUUGCUGCACCGAUUCUUGAUCUUGGAAACAAGCUAGCAGAGAGGAUGAGAAGCAAGGGUCCUUAUCUUGCUCUCCAUCUUCGAAUGGAGAUGGAUGUUUGGGUGCGUACUGGCUGCCUUCCUGGAAUGAGUGAUGAGUUCAACGAGAUUAUUCAUGAGGAGAGAAAGCGUAGGCCUGAGCUUCUCACCGCGAGAUCAAACAUGUCCUAUGAGGAAAGAAAGUUGGCCGGUCUGUGCCCCCUAAAUGCUUUUGAAGUCACAAGGCUUCUCAAAGCACUUGAUGCUCCGAGAAAUGCUAGGAUAUACUGGGCUGGGGGAGAGCCGCUUGGUGGGAUGGCUGCUUUGGAGCCUCUCAGGAAAGAAUUCCCAGACUUGUACAACAAGAAGAAACUAUCCCUUCCUGGUGAAUUGGAGCCAUUCGCCAAUAAGGCCUCUCUUCUUGCUGCGAUUGAUUACAUUGUCUGUGAGAAGAGCGACGUCUUCAUGCCUUCCCAUGGAGGAAAUAUGGCUCAUAUGAUUCGGGGGCACAGGGCUUUUGCCGGGCACAAGAAGUUCAUAACCCCAAACAAGCGGCAGAUGCUGCCUUACUUGCUGAAUAACUCACUCUCAGAAACUGAGUUCAAUCGGAUUGUGAAGGAAUUGCACCGUGGAUCCCUCGGGCAGCCUGAAUUCCGGAGUGAUAAGGUUGGGAAGGAUGUGACAGCCUUCCCAAUUCCCGACUGUAUGUGCAAUUCUACUUCAACAAGCCUUACGCUGUAGCAGUGGCGUUCAAAGCUAGAGUUUUGAAUAUCGUAACUGCAAAAUUUUUGUGGCAUCUUUUUCCCCUGGAAUUCAGAUUUUGUCCUUUGUCGUCGGACAUGAAUGG